UCCAGGACUCGCAGUCUGGCUGUGGAAGGACUCAGACAGAAGAUUACUACAUGUUUUCUAUCUUUUUUUUUACCACAUGUAUUAUUGGACUACAUGUAUUAUUUUACUGCAUUUAGUUGAGGAAAGACGCAUUUUCUCUGCUGAAUCGCUGAGACUGUAACGGGACUUUUCACGCACUCCUGUGGAAGACAAAGGGUUGGAUGUUGACAGUGCUCCUGUCCUCCAGAAGGAGACAUUUCUUAUUGUUUGAUUCUCGUCUUGAAAAAGCUGCUUUUCCUCCUCCUCCUCGUCGGUGAAGAUGCCCAGCUCGCUGUUCACCGACGGCAGCCUCCACGGAGACGCGCUGGACGAGCAGAGAGCUUUGCAGGUCGCCCUGGACCAGCUCUCUCUCCUCGGGCUGGACACCGAUGACCACCCGCUGUGCGACCACGACGAGCCCCGGACUAAAAGUGUCAACAUGACAGAGUGCGUCCCGGUGCCCAGCUCCGAGCAUGUGGCCGAGAUUGUGGGCAGGCAAGGCUGCAAGAUUAAAGCAUUGCGAGCAAAGACCAACACCUACAUCAAGACCCCAGUCCGAGGUGAGGAGCCAGUUUUUGUGGUGACGGGCAGAAGGGAGGAUGUGGCGAUGGCCAGAAGAGAGAUCAUCUCAGCGGCAGAGCAUUUCUCCAUGAUCCGAGCUUCCAGAAACAAAAACACCAGCCUGAAUGGGAGUGCUACUCCAGUUCCUGCCCCCCCCAACCUCCCCGGACAGACCACCAUCCAGGUGCGGGUACCCUACCGUGUCGUGGGUCUUGUUGUCGGCCCCAAGGGCGCCACCAUCAAGCGCAUCCAGCAGCAAACCCACACUUAUAUCGUGACUCCGAGUCGGGACAAGGAGCCGGUGUUUGAGGUGACGGGGAUGCCAGAGAAUGUGGACCGAGCCCGUGAGGAGAUUGAAGCCCACAUUGCCAUGAGAACAGGAGGCGUCAUCGAGCUCCAGGAUGAAAAUGACUUCCAUGCCAAUGGGACAGAUGUUGGUUUUGACCUGCAGGGACACCCUACCUCGUGGUCCAAGCCAAGCGCUGGGAUGAUGCCCAAGCCCUUCUCCAAAUACCGCAACGACUCGUCGUCCUCCCUCGGCAGCGCGUCCACUGACUCCUACUUUGGCUCCCGCAUGGCAGACUACAGCCCCCCCAGCCCCACCCUAAGCUACACAACCAACAACAACAACAACAACAUCAGUGAUAACACAAACGGCAACAUUUAUGGAAAUGAGGUGAUCUCUUCUGACGGCACCGACCUGACUUUUGAUUCACCACCAGGCCUCGAAACCAUGCCAACCCCUACUGGGAGUUUCUGGUCCCAGUAUGAAAACCGAAUCGCCCCCUCCUCGACUAGUUCUCCGAGUUCCACGCCCGCUUUUUACCCCAGCAACGCCAAUGGCGUGAUGGCAAGUCAAAGACGGAUUAACAGAGACCAGAGAGAGUCCAGACUGUCACCGCCCCUCCACGCUGGUACCACCGAGCACCUGCUAGCCCGACGGGCGGCGGCUGGAGACUUGCUGGGUUUUCCCGGCAACACCCUCGCCUCUCUGACGACCACUCACCUUCCAUACGACUCCUCCGCCUCCUCCUCGUCCUCCUCUACCUCGUCUAGCAGCCGAAAAAGCAGUCGUGACUGUUCGGUGUGCUUCGAAAGCGAGGUCAUUGCAGCGCUGGUUCCGUGUGGACACAACCUCUUCUGUAUGGAAUGUGCCAACCGCAUCUGCCAGAGAAGCCAGCCCAAAUGCCCCAUCUGCCAAACCAGCGUCACUCAGGCCAUACGUAUAUUUUCAUAACACCUGACAACAAAAGAUCUUGAUAUGGUUUUAUUAAUCAUCAAGUGUACAUAGCAUUACGUGCAGUUAUGUUCCAGGCUGCAGUACCAGACACCCGUUUGCUGAGGUGUCCAAAUGUAACCCAACUGGUCUGCCCCUGCGCACGCCCGGGGAUAGAACCUGGCUCCGCAGGUGAGAGUCGUCCAACUCGUCCAGCACGGCUCUCUCAAGGCGUCAAGGAGUGAGGUUACCAAUGUACUUUUGAGCUUUCCUGUUACACCCGGGGGCCAUUUGCCAUCGUGGCUCAUGUUUUUUAUUGGGCCGGGGCAAGACAGCGAAAAAGAAAUUCCACUAAGUACUUCAUCCAAUAACAGGAAAGCAGGGUUUCUCGUAGGUUUACAGCGUUACAUUUGGACUACGCGGUAAUCAAAUGUAAGCGGUCACGAAAGGCAAAGUACUGUAAUCCCUCGCUGCUUCAUGAUUCCAAUUUCAUGUCUUCAUUCUAUCACCGUUUUAGCAAAAAAAUAUUGAAGCAAAUUGUACAUAUUUUUGGACUAAACUCAAAUCAUUCAAUCGUAAAAACGGCUAAAUGAAGUCAAAUUAAAAGUAUAAGGCAUUUAGAAGACACAUGCAAAGAUGUUGUGAUGAUGUGUAGUAUUCUACCCUGGUCAGUAGGUGUCAGUAAUGUUACUGUAAUGUUGGAUGAGACACACAAGCACCAGACGGAACAACAGAUUUAUAUUGCGGGUUUGAAUGAUCUCACAACAGACACAAUAAUCUGUAAUCUACUGUUGCGGCUGUAACCCACGUCAUGCUAAGACUCAACUGUGAAUCCCCAACGUCACUUCCUGUCCAACACAGGAACACAUUUACAGCAAGACACAUGAGCACGAGUCUUAUUUAUGUCUUAUUUUCUCUUAUUAUGUCUACUAUAUUAGGUAAUCCGAGUGUAAAGGUGACUAUAGGGGUGUUAUUUCAUCUCUAAAGGUCUCUAAUAAUGUUAAAAAAAUCUAUUUAGAAGGUUGUAAACAGUAAAAACUACAAAACUAUUCAAUUGAUCAAGAAGGAAUCCUAAUUUGUGGAAAUUCACUUAUCAUGGUCGGCUCUGGAACCAAUUAAUUACUGAAUUCGCCUCGGGAGUGGUGAUUCCGCAAACCACCACCACAAUUAGGAAAUACUGCAAUCACAGUCAAGACAUUCCAUUUCCCGUACCAUGUUUUUGACUUGAUGGAUUGUUUUCAGUCUUACUAUUUGUAUGAAAGUCCAUUCAUUCCUCAAGUUUAAUACUGAUGAUAAUAAUAAGAAAAAACAGUGUGAUUUAAAGAAAAACCUUGAACACAGUGGGCGGAAAAAAUCAUCAAAAGCGUCCCCCCCUGCAUUCUUCUGCCCAUGUCGGACACCCCUGCCCUUUUGGGUCUUGAACUGAAUAAAGGACUGUACUGUAGCUUGGGGGAAUAUUUGCACCCUGUAAAUGCAUGUUUUAAAUAUGUCUAAACAAUAAUCAACAACUCUCGUGGCUUGUACCUUAUAUUGAUGUCACAGGAUGCAGUUACUGUUAGCACACGAAGCUAAUGGUCGGACAUACAAAACUAGCUGGGCUCCUGUUUACAAACCACACGAGGGAGUAUUAUCCCACACGCUCACGUAUCGAAUGCAUUUCCUCAAAGGUUUGACGUAACGCCAACAAGAUAGAAGUAUUUGAUCCUCUUUUGACUUGAAAGUUGUAUUUCUUAUUGCGAAGAUGUUUACAGAUAUUUUGAGUUCAGUGAACUUUUUGUAGCUGCGUUGAAAUGGCGUUUAUUUUUUAGUAAUUGAUCACUGUAUUCUUUUAAUAACACCCGGGUGAGGAAGAGAAGUUAUGUAUUGAAUUUGAGAGUAUUGUGUUGUGAUGGGAUGAUUGUGUUUUUUUUAGGCUUUUGAAUAUGCUUCACUUGGCAUAUUUUAUAUUCAGUAAUAGAAAGCAUAUUUUGUGCUAUAUUGUUAUUCUAAACACAUCCAAAUGUACAAAUCUUAGUAAGGUGAAGACAAAGAAACAAUGUAUGCUUUUUCAAACUUUCUAUGAAUGACAUUUUCGUGGGAAUGACAGGCUUCUGUUGCACCACGACAGCUUUAGUAUUUCUAUUUUAAUACCUUUAUUUACCACUUGUUUACAUAUAUGUAGUUAUUUUAGUGUAAAUGUGCUUAAUUGAGCAAAUUUUAAGAACAGAAUAUAUUUUAUUUUAUGAUAAAGGGCCUUUAUCCUCAUGGGUAAUAUUUCCUGAGAUUUGAAAAUGUAUCAAGAGUUUUAUUUUUCUGACAUUUUAAAGUAUACAUGAUAAGUAAUGGUGCUACUUGUUGUUGCGUUUCUUGUUUGUUUGUUGUUUUUUUUAAGUAUUUCUAUACGAGUCAAAUAAAGAAACGGUACAUCGGAAAGGUGGCUAUUUAUUCCAGACUUUGGUGGUUGCUCUUCAGUGUUGGCAUCUCGUGGAAUUGCCACAAACGUGUAAUUCCUGAACUCCAGCAGCCAGACAGGAAGACGUGUUUCUAAUAGUCUGGCUGCAAGGUGGCUAUCUUCUGUGCUCCUCAUGUUACUGUGGGUCGUAGGCUGCUCAGACGGUGAAGAUUGGGUCCCUGUAGUAAAUAAAAAAGGUACACUAUGUACAAAUAAAAUAAAAACAUACUAAGAAGAUAUAAAUAUGUAAACAAUCUUAGUGCACAUGAGCAGUAGGAUGAGUGUAAAGUGCAGUCCAGUGGAAAGGGGGAAAUGGAUUGGACAGCUCUUGGAUAAAAACUUUUUGAGUCUGGAGGUCAGAGUUUUUAUGUUUCUGUACCGUUUCCCUGAGGGAAGCGGAACAAACAGUCUAUUUCCUGUGUGGGUGGGGUCGGCGGCUAUACGUCGGGCCUUCCUCUGGACCCGGCCCGUGUAUAUCGAGUCCAGGUCUGGAAGAGGACUUGCCACAAUCCCCUGUGCUGUUUUCACCACCUGGUAUAAAUGCUUCCUGUCCUGAGCUGUGCAGCUGCCGUGCCACACUGUUUGACCAAGACAGAGGAUGCUUUCUAUUGUGGUCCUGUAGAAGUUUGCCAGGAGCACGUUUCACCUUCUUGAGGAAGAAGAGUCUUUGUUGAGCCCUCUUCACCAGGUGAGCUGUAUUCAGGGACCAGGUCAGGUCAGAUGGAAUGUGGAUACCCAGAAACUCGUGAACACGCUUCAUUGAUCCCCCUUUGAUGAGGAGCGGAGUGUGCUCUGUCGUUCUGGAGUCCACACUGACCUCCUUGGUCUUGUUGGUGUUCAGAACAAGGUUGUUAUCUGAACACCACUGAAUAACGUGCUGGAGUGGGUCUCAUCAUUGUCCGAUAUGAGACCCACUACGGUGGUAUCAUAGGCAAACUUCACAGAUGGGUUUGUGCAGGCUGGGAUGUGCUCAGGACCAGUGUGGAUGAUGUCCUGUCUCCCAUUCUCACCCUCUGAGGCCUUUUGGUGAGGAAGUCCCCAAUUCAGUGACACAGCGAUGUGGACAGUCCCAGGUUAUGAAGCUUCGAUGUCAGUUUGUCCGGGCACACUCUAUUAAAAGCUGAACUGAAGUCCACAAACAGCAUCCUCACACAGGUGUUAGGAAGCUGCAAGUGGGUCAGGGCUGUGUGAAGUGCCAUGGAGACUGCAUCCUCUCCCUAUAGGCGAACUGAUAUUUAUUAUGCUACAUCCGACCGAGCUUGACGUGCACGCCCAAAAAAUUGUAUUGACGACAACACGGACUGCUGAGCUGUGAUUUGGUCGGCUUUUCUUCAUACAUCACUUCCAUUUUUUUCCCUUUUGAGGAACCGCCAAAAUGUCCACCAUAACAAAAGAAAUGGUGCAAGUUGAGGCGGGUACUCCUACAAAAUACUUAGCACCCUGAUAGUCACCCAGUCUGAUGCUCUUUUUCAGUUUUAUCACCAACCUUCACGCCAACAGUAGUGCAGUUCCGACACAAGUCAGCUCGCACACACGUCUCUUCCUCUCCACUCUCGCAGCUACGUGACAAAUAACAUUCACAGUGAGGUGCAUUCGUGAACAACAGAAUUCAGAACAUCAAUGUCACCACACCAACAUGUCGUUACAUUUGUUCAAUGCAAAUAUCGCCUACACCGAAAAGUAGCUAGUCAAUCAGGAAAAUGCUGCCCGUAGCAUUUUAGUAGAGAAUUGUACGUCAAGAGCUAAAUGAAUCAAGACGUACUGACGUUGCCGUAGCAUAAUUUCGCCUGUAUACUAACCUUUACCCUAACCCUGACCCCUCACCCCGCUAACCCUAAAGCGAGGGGAGCAAAAUUUUCCUGGCCUUCAAAUAGAUGUGUAUCAUGUAGAGCUGCAACAAUUAAUCGGUGAUUAAUUGAUUAUGCAAUUAAUCAACAGCUAUUUUGGUAUUUGGUUAAUCGUUUGUUGUUGUAGGCUUGCACGAUAAAUA